AUGGCCGCCAACGCCUCGCCUGCCCGUCCGCUUGUGCUCAUCACCGGCGUCUCAGGCUACAUCGCCAGCCAAUGUCUGGUGGCGGCCGUGGCCGGUGGGUAUGCCGUCCGGGGUACGGUCCGGAGCAAGACGUCUGCCAAGGCGAUGCGUGUGAUGGAGAUCGCCACGGGUGCCGUGACUGCUUACGUGGGCGACGUUGUGGCGGUGGACGAGGUAUUUGAGCUGGUCGAGGCAGAUCUGAUGCACAGCGAUGGAUGGGAUGCUGCUGUGGCUGGCGUUGCCUACGUCCUCCACACCGCUUCACCCUUCCCGGUCGUCAUGCCCCGUGACGAGAACGAGCUCAUUCGUCCGGCAGUCGCAGGCGUGGAGCAUAUCCUUGCUGCUGCAGCCAAGGAGCCAUCGAUCAUCCGGGUCGUUGUCACCUCGUCCAUCGCCGCCAUCGGCGCAGGACAUGCCAAGAUCGCAGGCGUGGAGGCCGAGUACUCGGAGGCCGACUGGUCCAACACCGCCGACGACUCGCCCAUCGACGCCUACGCCAAGUCCAAGACACUCGCCGAGCGCGCGGCUUGGGCGUUUAUGGACGAGCACGCGCCGGGCUUUGACCUUGUGGCGCUUUGCCCAGGCUAUGUCAUCGGACCGACUCUGCUCAACUAUCCAACAACCUCGUCGACGCUCCCGAUCAAGCUGCUCACCCGGGCCAUGCCGGUCCUGCCCAGGCUCUCGUUUGGAUGUGUAGACGUCCGCGAUGUCGCCGCCGCACACAUGGCUGCCCUCACCGCGCCAGAUGCGAGCGGCAAGCGGUAUAUCCUCGUCGAGCGCGCAGUGUGGGUCUCCGAGUUUGCGCAGCACCUCGCUUCCGAGUUUGAUUCGCGCGGCUUUAACGUACCGACCAAAACUGCGCCGUACGCUGUCCUCUGGCUGGCGUCAUGGUUUGACUCGGCCGUCGCCACCAUCCUACCCAGUAUCGGCACCCGGUCGCACUUUACCAACACUGCCGCCACCCGCGACCUCGGCAUCACUUUCCGCGACUCGAUGGCCUCAAUGAUUUCCUUUGGCUAUUCACUCAUCGCCAACGGCCUUGUCCAGCCCAAGCGCAUGCCGCCAGCGGGCGUUGAUCUCAUCCCGAGCGAGGCACUUGCCGAGGUCCAGCCGUUCCCCAUCCCUUCCCUUGGCGAGUGA